UGAAGAAAAUAAAAAAGAUUGUUAUUUAAUAACAUUAGAAAUAAAUGGGUUUAUACAAAUAUACAAAGCAGUGCAAGAAUAGAUUUAAUCAACCAAUAGGGUAUUUUAAUAUAAAAUGUUCUUUUUAGAUGGAAAGAAAAUUUUGAAACAAGGGUUUAAUAAUUAUUGAAUAAGAAUACUUUUUUAGAAGGGAUUGUUUAAAGAUUAUUGAUAAUAAAAUCUGAGAGGUUGUUUUUUUAAUGAAGGUUUGAGAUUUCAAAUAAAUACUCUAGACUAUCAAUUUACAACAGAUAAAAACAUAAAAUUUCUAUUCAUAACUUGCAAAACUUAGAUUUUGAAAAAACUAAACAAUAUGAUAUAGUUAGC